AAAUAGGUCUUCCAUCCCUUCCCCAUCCAACUCUCUCUCCACAGGAGCAAAUCCCGAUCCCCCCCGGAGCCACAAUCUCCGACAUGCCCACCACCGCCGUCUCCGUUGUCUCCGCCUCCUCUUCCUAUGACCGGCAGGGGGACCUCAUCUCCCGCAUCGCCUCCCCUGACGCCGAUGUCAAGCUCAAGGCCCUACGCGAGGUUAAGAACCAGAUCAUCGGGAAUCGCACCAAGAAGCUCUCUUUCCUCAAACUCGGAGCCGUUCCCGCCAUCUCCGCCGUGUUGUCGGAUUACUACUCUGCCGGAGACGACGACAAAUGCGGCGGCAAGGGGAACAUCCUUGUCCAGUCCGCGGCGGCGCUCGGGAGCUUCGCCUGCGGCUUCGAAGCUGGCGUUCAGGCGGUUCUCGAUGCCGGAGCCUUUCCUCACCUGUUGCGGCUCCUCACUAACCCGGAUGAGAAGGUAGUAGAUGCGGGUGCUCGUUCACUUAGAAUGAUAUUUCAGUCUAAACUUGCUCCUAACUACGACUUCCAUCAAGAGAAAAACAUGGAAUUUCUCUUUACAUUGUUGAAUAGCGAAAAUGGAAAUGUCAGCGGACUUGGCGCGAGCGUUAUCUCUCAUGCUUGUCGAACAAGUCUAGAGCAACAACUCCUAUGCGAAGCCGGUGUUCUUGAGAAGCUCGCUAGCCUUCUUGACGGUUCUUUAAGCCAAAGAGAUUCUUGCUUGGAAUCACUGGCUACAGUUUUAAAGGACAACUCUCAAGCUAUUUCAAGAUUUGUGGGGAUAGAAAAUGGGAGAUGUCUGAGUUCUGUAACUGCAUUACUAAAGGACAGGUAUCCAAAGACGAGGUUGCUUUCUUGUUUGUGUUUAGUUGUCAUAAACAACUCUGCUCCAUGCUAUUUGGAAGACAAGGGAAUCAAGAUCAGACUGCUAAGUACUAUGCUUGAGCUCCUUGAUGACUCUGGUCAAGUUGGAGAUGAAGCUGCCUUGGGUUUUUCUACUCUGCUUGCUGGGAAGGAGGAUCUGCAAAAAUUAGCUUAUGAGGCCAAUGCUAUUGAAAAGCUUCUUAACUAUUUAAGGACGAGUGAGCUACGUCCCAAACGUCGUCAGGGAAUGCUACUGUCUCUUGCAGAAAUGUGCUCAAAGCUGGAGGAGUGCAGGUCAAGGUUUCUGUCAUUGCAGGUGGUAGAUGUGCUGAGUGACGGUCUGAGACACGAAAGUGCUGAUGUACGAUGCGCCGCUUGCAUUUGCCUAAGAAACUCUGCUCGAUCCAUCAAGAAUUUGAGUGCAGGGCUUUUUAUCGACGAGAAAAUUAUGUUUCCCUUGGUUCAGUUACUGCAGUAUCCAUCAACCUCUGUCCAGGUCUCAGCCCUCGGUGCUAUCAGUAAUAUAGUAGUGGAUUUUACAACGCGUAGAUCAAGAUUCAUAGAGUGUGGAGGCACGAAACAACUCAUCGAGUUAUCGAAAUCGAUGGAUCCACAAACACGGGUUGGCGCUCUACAAGCUCUGAGGAACCUUAUGUUCCUCGCCGACAUAAAAUGCAAAGAAAUGAUUUAUUCAGACCUCAAGGCUCCUGAAUUUUCACGCCUCAUUACCGAUCCCGAGCCUUCUGUGCAAGAGCAAGCUUUGGCUCUUCUUCGCAAUCUUGUUGAUGGAUGUAUCAGCUCAAUCGAGUUCGUGCUUGACGAGGAUUGUCUUGUCUUAGAUGCUGUGGGCAGGCAAUUAAGGAAAGUACCACAACCCGAAAUCGCGAUACAGGGAAUGUACGUGUUCACAAAUGUAGCAAGCGGGUCCGAGUUACACAAAGAAGCAGUUAUGCACCAAAUCUUACCUCAAGAAGCAGAGUCCGGGUCGCAGAAUUUCGUUCUCAAGUUUUUGCAGAGCAGCGAGAAAAAACUACGCACUGCCACCGUCUGGACGAUCAUAAAUCUCACCAGCCCUUCGAGCCUGGGUGCAUUUGAUCGGCACGUGAAACUGCGGGAUGCGGGCAUUAUUUCCCAACUAAAGAACAUGGUCACUGAUCCCUGCCUUGACGUUAAGAUUCGUGUCAGAACUGUUCUAGGCCAGUCCAUGUUGUUUGGCGAAAAUUAACGAAAAAGGCGAUCUCGAUCUCGCUUCCCUGCGGGUGUAUGCAUAAAAACACAGGGCUAGUGCUGCAGUUUUGGUUCGAUUCGGAUUUAGCAUUAGACGGGCAGCGGUCGUUAAUAUAUAGAUUCGGUCAUCAAUAGAAAGCAUUUGAAUCUCUUCGCAGAUGCUGCCGCGUUCAACAGGUGGAAAUAGCAAAUGUGUAUUAUCUGUGAAAGGAACGGUCUUAGUAUCAUUUUGUAUAAUCUCUAAGUAUUUUGUUACCUUAUAAUUCUCUUAUACCUAGCUUCCGAUUACAUUUUUUUUUUUACAGUGAACCGAUAUGGGAAGUAGAGGCUUUCGAUCGAAAUUCCGAUUCGGUUUUUUUUUUUU